UGCGGUCUAAAUUACUAGUACUAGAGUUUGGUAUUAAGAAGACACACGUCAACAACAACAGCAACAACAGCAGCGAUCAUGCCAAGGCGAUCAUCGGACGAAUGGAUCCGGAUAUCCCAGCGCACCCCGGGCAUCCUGAUCUUUGGGAUGGUCAUGGUUCCCUGUGGCUGGAUCCUGAACCUGACAUCCACCGUGGCCCCAAACUGGAGGACCCUCCACAACCUCCCCAACACCCCGUCCGACACGUUUAUCCAGCAAGGCAUCUGGGACAUCUGCAGGGCCACCUCGACCAACACGAGAGAGCAGUGCAACCUGCAGGAUACAACGUAUUUCGGGAACCAGAUCAUCGAGGUCGCCCAGGGUCUGAUGGUGGCCUCCUUGAUCCUGACACUAAUCGGGCUGGCCGUGGCCAUCCCAGGGGUCCGCUGCUGGAGAGACAAGCCUAACUGGGUAGUGGCCGGUCUGGGCGGGCUGUUGUUCUUCCUUUCGGGCGUUAUGACCAUCAUACCCAUCGCCUGGUACACCCACAUCCUUCAGGACGUCGCUUCGGUGACCCCGCAAACAGAUGUGCGCGUCGGCUACUGCAUCAUCCUGGGUUACAUCGGCGGCAUAUUCGAAAUCCUGGGCGGUUUCGUCAUGUUUAUCGGGAUCUGCCGGUGCUGCGGAGGCAAGAACCGCGGGGAGAGGCGGGUGGAGGAGAUCCCGGGCGCCCGGUUCAGCCACCAGAAGCCUCCGCCGAGACGAAUUGAGGUGCCGAGCCUGAACCGGGCCAGGAGCACCGCCAGCAGCGUGGCGUAUUCCAAGGACUCCUUGGAUGAAGAUGUAUCCUUCCCCCGGGCCAAGAGCCCCGCUCCCCGGGUACUCAACACCUCCUACGGCGGCAGACCCUACGAUGCCGACCUAUGAGAGGCAGAUGACCCACAAGAAACCCCACAGGAGAGGAGAACGACUCGAAGAUGGACAUUUUAUUAUAUUAUUAUAAAAGGGACUGAGAGUGGAAAGUAUAGGAAUAAGCAACGGUAAUUAUAACACAAUGAUAACAUCACACACCUAGCCCACUGCAGUAAAACUGUACCUGUCUAUAAUAUUAUUUUAUAUUGUAGUAAUGAGAUAGAAGGUACUGAAACCAUUAAAGUACUCAGUUAAAUUUUGUAGAAUUAGUUUGAAGCCACAAAGGGAUAUUGUAGGAAUAUUUCAGUGGUACUAAGAGAUCAAAUACCUUAAAUAUUAUGAAAUCACUGUAAACUCAAUAUUAAAUGAAGGCCUCUUUGAGUAUUACAGUUUCCCCGUUAAGGAAGAGCUACUUGAAGGCAAACAUCUAUAAUAGUGUUAAAUGGUGUACAGAUAAGACUCAUUAUGGCCAUAGCUGGGUUAUGAUUAAUGCUAACAUCAGUAUAAUACAUUAUAGGUUUUCCCACUGAAGCAGUGCAGUUAUGGGAUAUGAAGCAUUCUGUAACAGUGAAACAUGAAGAGAAAACCUACUUUUUUUCUGCAAAUGAUGCUUAAGUCCACAUGUAAAUAGUCAUCUUUAAGGAAAUGUUGCAUUUUUCUAUGUACAAUGGCUAAUGCAUCAACCUGGUUCUUUUUUUCCUUCUCUUUCUCCAUUUGUAUGUAAAUACUGUAUUCUUAUGCACUUUACAAUAAUGGCCAAAUUCAUAGGACAACAGGCCACCUGUUUAAAAAACACAAAGGAGGUGAUCAAUAUUGUUCUAAUUGCUCUGUGGUACAUGUGUUGUUAAUUAAAUGUGCUCUGUGUUUCCUAAUAA